GCUGACCCCCAGACCCUCCCCCUCCCCACCCCCAUGUCGCAGGAUCAAGUCCCCAAGACGGAAAACCUGUCCACCAACCCCUCCCCGCGCCACGCUCCAUCCCCAUCACCCCGUAAACACGCCUUCGGACCCCGGUUCUCUCACAGCCUGCCGUUCCCCAAACUCCUGUCCAAGUCCUAGCCACCCCUGCAGCCCGACAGCUGUAGCUAUCAGGAGGCAGGCGGCCAUCCCUGAGGUGUAUGCCGGGCAGGGGGUGGGGGGGGGGUUGGCCCCGCCCCCCGGCCCUGCAACUCGACCCGGCUGCGACCCCCGGCUCUGACGUCUCGGAAAAUUCCCCCCUGCCCAGGCUCCCCAGGGGAGGGGGUACAUGGUAUGAAAUGGGGCUGAGACCCCUGGCCGGGGACAGAGAAACCCGCCAGAGAACAUUCACAAAGAGCAUCCAUGGAUUUCUGGAACUGGUCUGAAGCGCCUCCACAGGAAGUGCCCCCAGGAAACAGACUGUCAGGGCUGGAAGGAGCUGAACUCGGCUUUUAUUUCCCCGAACUGGCGCUCCCAGGAGACACGCUGUCAGCGGAGGCACGCUGGAAAGGUGGCUGUGGGCUGGGACUCCGGGGAGCUGAGGAAGGGCUCCCACAGCCGGACUGGGGCUCCGCGUUACCGCACCCAGAAGCUCCAUGGGGAGCGGAGCCCGCCCCUCAGGCUCUUCCGUGGUCGGGAGACUGGACGGACUUGGCUUGCAGUAGCUCGGACCCUUGGAGGGGCGUCUCCCAGGCCCUGGGCCCCGCCCCUCCCGGCCUGAACCCCGCCCCCUUCGCUGGUGUGGAGGCGGCUGCGGGCCAGAACUGUACCACCUCCCGGGGAGGGACCAGCUCGUGGCCCAGCGCCCAGGCCGCCGCCAGCUCCACCAACUGGGACUGUUCUAUUGGUCUCGACCGCCCUACCUACUGGGGCAAGGACCUCCGCGGGGAGCCGAACGCGGACUCUACCAUUUCGUGGGAUGGGCCUGUGGGCUCAGACUGUACCACCUCCUGGGUCUCGGAGCUGCAUACGGACUGCACGACCACUUCAAAAGGGUACCAGACUUCAGAUCUCACCACGUCCUCCGAACCAAGCCAGCAGUCGGGCGGCGUAACCUUGGCUUGUUACCCCAAAAAUAAUCAUCGAGGUCCCAUUCAGCUGUGGCAGUUCCUCCUGGAGCUGCUCCGAGACAGCGAGCGUAGCAACUGCAUCCGCUGGACUGGCAACAGCCGCGAGUUCCAGCUGUGUGACCCCAGAGAGGUGGCGCGGCUGUGGGGUGAGCGCAAAAGGAAACCGGGCAUGAACUACGAGAAACUGAGCCGAGGUCUACGCUACUACUACCGCCGGGACAUCGUGCGCAAGAGCGGUGGGCGCAAGUACACUUACCGUUUCGGGGGCCGCGUGCCCGGCCUGGCCUAUCCGGACUGCGCCCGGGUUGGACCGGGAGAAAUGAUCCAAUAAAACUAUCCUAUCAAACUA